AUGUCGGCCACUUCUCCACCGCAGUUCAUGUCCCCUUCUAAUCCCAAAUACUCCUCACCGGCCAUGAUGUCCUCCAUGUCUUCAUCCUCACUCAAUGAAGGGCCUUCUCGCUUUCCUGCCAUGCUCAAUGGGUCUCUUCCAACUCGUCUUCCUCGUCAACGCGGGCCUUUGCCAGAUUUUGGAAGACGGACGGCAGAGCUCUCCAUGCAUCGUCAACCAUCGACUGUCUUGUCCGCUUCUGGGACGUCAACCCCGACCGUCAGAAGAAUGAAAAAAGCCGUUAGACAGGUUUCAUCGACCAAGGAUCAUAAGACUAGAGAUACAGACUGGGCGGCUAUGGAACCUGAUGAGGUCUUCAAGCGCUUACCAGUCAAUCAGGUCAAGGAGGUGGAGCGGAAGCUGCGCGCAGAGGCAUUGAACAAACAGGCAGAGCUUCGAGCGAUGGUAGGGACGAGAUAUCGAGAUUUGUUAACUUCCGCCAGUCAGAUCACAACGUUACAUUCCUCCUCCCUUCGUUUAUCAGAAUCUCUGAGAACGGUAGCACACGCAUGCUCAAAUCCUACAGACUUGACAGUCACUACCGAGGAAGAUGAAGGGAAGGAUCAAGUAGAGGAGAUUUCGAAUGUUCUUCCCGUCGCUGCGCACAUGAAGCUACUUCUGGACACUCCUGAGGCGUUAUAUGGACAUCUGGCGAGACACCACUUCCUCUAUGCUGCACUUCUGUGGCUUGUGGCUAGAGUCGUCAAAGAAAGUCUGUCAGCCAUGCCGCAAGAUCAAAGUGGGCCUUAUCUCCCUCUUCUAUCUCAGCAAUGGGAGACACUUCUACCAUUUCGCUCUCAGAUUGUCCAGCGCGCGACAGCCUCUCUCCGAGCUCGUGAGCAAACGAGUACUAAGGUGCUGUCCGAGACAAUCUUGGCCAUCAUCCUUUUGGACAACCUCCCCUUGAAAGAAGCCCUCUCACUGUUCCUCUCUCAAAGAUUGAGAACACUACACGACAUACUGCAACAUGCACCCGAUCCCGUCACUCCAAAUUUGGCGGAUGUCCCCAAGAAAGGUCGUCCACGGGGAAAUUCCAAAGUGGCCAUGGCGACUGCAGCUCGCGAAGCCGCACAUGAUCGAGAAGCCAUCGCAUCAGUCCUCACCGAAGCUGUGAUCUCUCUCUUAGACACCGCAUCCAGUGUGCUGAAUUUAUUCGGCAAGAGGCGCGGUGCACAAGACGAGAGCCUGAUGGCGGAAAUGAUACGGCUGGUACAGCAAGGCGAAAAGGCGAAUCCACCCACGCCUUCACAACCGAGUCCGCAAGAACGUCGGUCAUCGCAUGCCAGACGAGCGUCUCGAUUGGCGUCCAUCUCGAUGGCGCUACCAUUCACCAAAUCCAUAGCUACGUCCGGAGCGUUGGAUGUGUCGACGCUGAAGGUACUCCAACCCUUGCCAUCCUCACAAAUAUGGCUGCAUCAUCUCCCACCGUCGAUUUUAGGCUUCACCCCAUUUAUCACUCCCGACCUGGUCCCGCCUGUCAAUGACAAGAUUCAAGAGUGGCAGAAGGCAGCCUUGGGUCUGCUUUCAGAGGCUGUUCCGUUUUGGCUCGGCGGACUUCAAUCCGUCGCUGACGUAUGGCGAGUGAAGGCAGAUUUGCAAGCGCUGUUGGAAGAAGGCAUGCUGGAAGCAGAUGUUCGAACAGCUCUGGACAAUGCGUGGGAAGGGAGGGUACAACGUAUAUGGGCCGAGAAGCUUGACGUGUUAGUGCGUCAAGCGGCUUCGCAGAUCCAGUCAUCUAGAGAUGACUUACUUGAGGCCCGGUCCGAUCUCGACAUUAACGCUGAUACAUUCCUCUUCUCCGAUCUAUCUUUCCCAUCCUCUUCAGUCUCUGCGCUAUCGGCAUCAUCUCAAAACGCCUCAUUUUCAUCAUUCACUGAUACCCUCAAAAAGCGUGUCAGUCUCCGAAGUCCCAAACUGGACGUGAUCUUGACCGAUCUGGAGGAUUCCGCAGCGGACAUUAAGAAAGAUCUCGUACAGCUUCCUCCAGAACUGCACGGUCAAUAUCGACAAGAGUUAGGAGAGUCUUUACGGACGCUUGGCGAUGUGUUACAGAGUGCAUCAGAAGCUGUGGAGACGAGAGACAAGUUCAACGGGGUAGAAGCUGAGCUCUUCGUCGGAAGAGUUGCUCUUUACCUGGUCAAAGCUUCGACGUUCUUAUCAGAUCUGUCUCAGCAUGCUAGCUACGAUACUAGUAAGCUCGUCAUGUUGCACCUUCACAAUGAGGCUCAUCGCAUAGCUACCUUCGAAGGACGCCUACUGGACUUGCAUAGUGCAUCGACGAUUCGGUGGCGAGAAAGAUCAGUAGCUUCCGCCAUCUCGACAUUAUCUCCCCUCUUUGGGCCUCACCGAGAUACUCAAGGAUCUCGACAUACCUGGCAAGGUCCUUAUCCGUCUCAGCCUUCAAGAUAUCUCAUGUUAGCAUUACAAUCCCUCGUUACGGCCGUCCCGUUGCUGGGGAUACCUCCUGGAGUCGAAUCAUCUGUGGUGAAAGAUCUCGUGGAGACAUUUGUCGACCGUGUGAGGAACAUGGAUGGAUGGGAGAGUCGGUCGGAAGAUACAGCUGUAAAUGCCAUGGUGGAUUUAGGAUUUCUGACUCUUUUGAAAGGGGAAAGCAUACAGGAGGAUGUGAUGGUGACGAAGAUGGUGAUUAAAGCUGGAUCUUCCGUACCCGAAGAAUUCACAGAUCUUCUCCCUGGUAUCUGUCUGGAACACUUACGUCGAACCCAACUUCUACUUGAUCCUCUGAUUCAGCAUCUCCCAUCCAUCAACGAGAGUAAAGGUGGCGACUCUAGAUUAUCCUCUCUGCUCCCUCUUGGUCCUCCUUCGAACAAAGGUGCAAACACCGAUUUCCGAUCCCCUAUCCCAGUGGCUAAACCUAGCAAAAGAUUCGCUUUGCUCAGUAUGGUCGUUUGA